CUCAAUACUCUCAUCUGAAAUCUUCGCUUCAUUGUAUAACUUUUUGAAAACCUCUUCCUUGGAUAAAAUAACCAUUUCCAAUAUUAUUACGCAAAAAUGGAAGUUUUUCAAAAUUCAAACGGAAGAGGAAGAUUUAGAUUGCCUCACGAAAAUCCUAGAAAAGGCGGAAAAUGAAAUUGUUGAUAAAGAUC